AUGAGUUCUAGGGCAUUGAGAAAGUUACAGGAUGACAACGCCCUGCUUGAGUCGUUACUAACAAACGCCAACGCGAAUAAAGUGACCCGUGGUAAAAGUACUGCCAGUGAUGGUCAGAAACAACAGAAUAUCUUUUCUCUCAUGAACAAUGCACAUGAUCCAGAUUAUUCUAGUGAUGAAGAGCAAGUAUCUGGACACGAUGAAGAAGGUCCCGUUACUGGUGAACACGAUGCCGGAAACAAUGCUCAACCUAAAAAAAUCAUCCUUGCAUCGAAGUCUUCUAGAAGGAAAAAGAAUAAAAAGUCAAAGAAAAAGCCAAAAAACCACAUCAAUGAGGUCGGAAAUGAUGAAAAUUCUGAUGACGAAGAGUUUGACAGAAUUAUUCAACAGUUUAAGAAAACUGAUAUAUUGAAGUACGGUAGGAAUGAGACAAAUGGUGAAGCUAAUGAGGAGGGUUUUUUCACGGCAUCAGAAUCCGAAGAAACAUUUGUUGAACCUUGGAAGUGCUUUUUAAGCUUAGAAAGUGAUCCGGGAUUUACAAAAUUUCCCAUUUCAUCGUUGAAGCAUUCUUGCAAGUUUUUCCAAAACGAUUUUAAGAAGUUGGACCCUCAUACGGAAUUUAAACUGUUAUUUGAUGAUAUCUCUCCAGAGUCGCUCGAAGAUAUCGAUUCUAUGACGUCUACGCCCGUAUCUCCUCAGCAGCUGAAACAGAUCCAGAGAAUGAAAAGGUUGGUUAGAAACUGGGGCGGAAAAGAUCACAAGUUGGUGCCUAACGGCCCUGGGAUGCAUCCGCAUCAUCUGAAAUUUACCAAGAUAAGGGAUGACUGGGUUCCUACUCAAAGAGGUGAGCUGUCUAUGAAACUUUUAAAUUCUGAUGAUCUUUUAGAUUGGCAAUUAUGGGAGAGACCGUUAGAUUGGAAAGAUGUUAUUCAAAACGAUGUUAAUCAAUGGCAAAAAUUGAUCUCAUUUUAUAAAUUCGAGCCCUUGAAUUCCGAUUUGAGUAAGAAAUCAAUGAUGGACUUCUACCUAAGUGUUAUAGUUCAUCCUGAUCAUGAAGCCCUUAUAAACCUGAUUUCUUCUAAGUUUCCAUACCAUGUACCUGGGUUAUUACAAGUCGCCCUGAUAUUUAUUAGGCAGGGCGAUAAAUCAAAUACUAACGGAUUAUUACAAAGAGCACUUUUCGUCUUCGAUAGAGCUUUGAAAGCGAAUAUUAUUUUUGAUUCCUUAACUUGCCAAUUACCUUUCAUAUACUUCUUUAACAGACAGUUCUACUUGACUAUAUUUAGAUACAUCCAAUCGCUUGCUCAAAGAGGUGUCAUAGGUACCGCUAGUGAAUGGACAAAGGUUCUUUGGUCUCUGAGCCCAUUGGAAGAUCCCUUAGGAUGCCGGUAUUUUCUCGAUCACUACUUCUUAUUGAAUAAUGACUAUCAAUAUAUCAUUGAGCUGUCCGACUCUCCAUUAAUGAACUGUUACAAAGAAUGGAAUACCCUAGGAUUUUCGGUAGGUGUAGUAUUAAGUUUCUUGAGAAUAAAGGAGAUAAAUUCAGCCCGCAAUGCGCUUUUAAAAGCUUUUAAACACCAUCCUUUACAACUUGCAGAAAUUUUUAAGGAAAAACUUUUGGGCGACAUUACACUAACCAAGAAUCUAACUAUUGAUGGUCAUUUGGCAGAAGUUUUAGAAUUGAAAGCAUACAUGGCUCGUUUCCCAUUGUUAUGGACUAGAAAUGAAGAUAUAUCAUUUUUGCAUAACGAAUUAUCGAUUAUUUUACAGGAUUACCAAAAUGGAAACAUCACUAUUGAUUCAAAUGACAAGGUAGAUGAUAAUAGAACUAACGAAUCACAAUCACAUUUUUUCAUUACAGGAAUCCCAAUCAAUUUAUUACGAUUUGCCAUAUUAUCUGAGGAGUCUUCAGUUAUGGCUGCCAUUCCUCCAUCUAUCUGGUCGGACUAUGAAGUAUAUGAAUUUGACGUAUUGCCUCCAACACCUACGUCGAAGGAAUCAAUCGAUGUGAUUGAAAACAUCAAAAGCUUCAUCAAUGAAAAGGAUUUAGCGGCCCUCCAAAUCGAAAGAAUACAAGAUGAAGAUCUACUGAAUCAAAUUAGACAAAUAUCCUUACAACAAUACAUUCAUGAAAAUGAGGAGUCAAACGUGAAUGGACGCCAAUAA